UCCUGUCUUCGCUCCCCCUCCCCUCCGGACCAGUUUCCUGUGAGGAGCGAAUGGCUGAAGCUGGGCCCGGCUUCGAGGCGAAUUUGAGAACAUUAAAAAGGUGAUAAUGCAUCAUGGAAACGGACCUCAAAAUGCGCAACGCCAACUCCAAAGGUCCCGGUCUUUCACCGGCAGCGAGAGUGAAGAUCAGCAGGGAAAUCUGCCGCAGUCUCCUGCUGCACCGUUCGCUCCUUCGGCCAGCCCGUCUGCGCCACAGUCUCCCAGUUACCAAAUCCAACAGUUCAUAAUGAGUAGAAGUCCAGUGGCUGGCCAGAAUGUUAAUAUCACUCUGCAAAAUGUUGGAUCGGUAACUGCAGGAAGCCAGCAGAUCACACUUACCCCUCUGCCGAUCCCAAGUCCAACAUCCCCAAGUUUCCAGUUUAGUCCUCAGCAAAGGAGGUUUGAGCAUGGAUCCCCCUCCUAUAUCCAAGUUACUUCACCGUUGCCCCCUCAGGUUCAGUCUCAAAGCCCCACCCAGCCAAGCCCUGUGCCAGUUCAGUCCAUAUCGAAUGUUCGGACAGGUACCCCAGGACCCAGCUUGGGCAUGUGCAGCCAGAGUCCAACGCGAGGCUUCGUAGAUGCAAGCGUGCUUGUCAGACAGAUCAGCUUGAGUCCUUCAAAUGGUGGGCACUUUGUGUAUCAGGAAGGGUCCGGCAUCACCCAGAUCUCUCAAGGCGCUGCAGCUCAGGUACAACUUUCCUCUCCAGGAGCACCGGCUACGGUGAGAGAACGCAGGCUGUCACAGCCCCACUCGCAAACUGGUGGCACCAUUCACCAUCUUGGACCGCAGAGCCCUGUUGCUAGCGGGGCAAAUAUCCAGCCUUUACCGAGCUCGGGUCACAUUGCGACAAAUAACCUGCCGCCGCAAAUAAGCAAUAUUAUCCAAGGCAUGCAGCAGCAGCAGCAAGUCCUGCAAGGGCAGCAGCUGAGCAGACCCUUGGGAUAUGAUAGGACUCCCAGCGGUCUGAUCGCUGGUGUGGGAGGACCGUCUGCAUUUGGGAUGACAUCGCCACCCCCUCCCACGAGUCCUUCCCGAGCCAGCAUGGCCCAGGGGCUGACGAGUCUCCCCCUUGCUCCAUCGGUGUGCGCCGUGGUGAAAAAGCCCAAGAAGUUGGAGGAGAUCCCGCCUGCAACCCAAGAGGCAGCUCAGAUGAGAAAACAAUGCUUGGAGCACCACCUGAAGCAAAUGGAGGUCCUGAAAGAAGCUUUCAAGGAGUACCUGAUUGAGUUGUUUUUCCUCCAACACCUUCAAGGGAAUAUGAUGGAUUUCUUAGCAUUUAAGAAGAAGCACUGUUUGCCGCUGCAAGCGUACCUGCGGCAGAAUGACUUGGAUUUGGAGGAGGAGGAGGAGGAGGAGCAAUCCGAAGUGAUCAACGACGAGCAGGCACAUGCGGGGGCUCCGGUAACAGGAACAGUGAAUGCCAUAGAAAUUGAAGCGUUUAAGAGACAGCAAGCACUUUCUUCAGCAGAUUCGUCUAAGAGACCACGAAUUGAAGUGGGCCGUCAUGGGAUGGUUUUUCAGCAUCCAGGUGUGGCUUCAGGAGUCCCUCUUCAACAACUCAUGCCAACAGCACAAGGAGGAAUGCCACCCACCCCUCAAGCAGUACAGCUGACAGGGCAAAAGCAAAGCCAGCAGCAGUAUGACCCUUCCAAAGGCCCUCCAGUGCAGAAUGCAGCAAGUUUGCACACUCCCCCACCGCAGCUGCCGGGGAGGCUGCAGCCAACCAACGUUCCCAUCACGUCUCUCCCAGCCGCUCUGCAGCUUACCCAGCAGCCGCCCCAGAUCACAGAGGCUCCUGUACAGCCUCAGGUUCACGUGAAGGCCCUGCCGCAAAACAUAUCCGUCAGUGCUGCUGUGUCACAUGGCCAGGUUCAAACACCGCUUCAGCAGCAGGUUCAGCCAGCGGUGCAUGUCCAAGGACCCGUCGCAGCGCAAAUAUCCCAGCCUCAAGCUCCAGUCCAGCAGCAGACUGUGACCCUGGCAAGAGCUUCUGUAGACUCUGUCCAAAAUUCCCAGCGUCUUCCAGCAAGCACCCUUCCUCCUACCUCAUCCAACCCACCAGCAGCUGUCUCUGCAACAGCGCCGCAGUCCGCCUACCCGGUGCAGACCUCUCGAACCUCGCCAGCCACGAACAAGUCUGUGUCUCCUGUUGCCUCCAAACCCCCAGGCUUGGCAGUGGCGGCAGCACCCAAGACUCAGAGUCCAGCUCAGAACGCAAGUGUUCUGCCACAGGACAGUUCCCAAGAGAAGCUGGUGGAGCAAGUUAAACUGGAAAACCAAGUCCACCAACGAAUAGCAGAACUGAGAAAGGAGGGGUUGUGGUCUCUGAGACGGCUGCCCAAACUUCAAGAGGCCCCCAGACCCAAAUCUCAUUGGGACUAUCUUCUGGAGGAAAUGCAGUGGAUGGCGACUGAUUUUGCACAGGAGCGGAGGUGGAAGAUGGCAGCAGCUAAGAAGAUGGUCCGAACUGUGGCUCGCUACCACGAAGAGAAGAAACUGAACGAGGAGAGAGCUAAGAAAGAGGAGCAGAACAAACUCCGGCGUAUUGCUGCAUCGAUUGCAAGAGAAAUCGAGUAUUUCUGGUCCAAUAUUGAACAGGUUGUGGAAAUAAAGCUGCAGGUUGAAUUUCAAGAGAAAAGGAGAAAAGCAUUAAAUUUAAAGAGGCGUUCAAGGAAAGACAAAGCUACAAGGCAUCUGGAAGAAAUUCUCUUGGAGAAAGAAAGUGACUUGGGUUCCUGGCCAUCCGGAAGGAAGAGGAAGGCAAGCACAUCAUUGACAGAUGAUGAAGUUGAAGAUGAAGAAGAGACCAUUGAAGAGCAAGAAAUGAAAGAAGGAAACAUAAACCAUCAGAUAGAGCUGUCCAAUUUGGCCAAGGAAGCUGAACUGCCUUUGGACGAUUUGGUCAAGAUGUAUGAAGGUGCCUUUGCCGAGAAUUUCCAUUGGCCCCAGAUGAAGAGGGACGAGGAAGAGACCAGUGAAGAAGAAAUGGAAGACCAUGCCGAUGAAAGGGAAUUUCUUCCAAAGGAGAUUAUUCUGAUAGACUCCCUCCUCAGCAUUGAUCAGUAUAAGGGCGUAGAGAGAGCGAUCCCUCCCAAGAAACAUGGCAGAGACAUAGCAGAAGUGGCGGCUGCAGCCGAAACCCUGUUGCCGAAAGGCAGCGCCCGGAUUACAACUGCAGUGAAAUACAACACUCCGCCUCUUCUGUAUGGCUCUCUUCGAGAGUAUCAGAAGAUUGGCUUAGACUGGCUAGCAAAGCUCUACAAGAAGAAUCUCAACGGCAUUUUGGCAGAUGAGGCCGGCCUUGGGAAAACAGUGCAAGUCAUUGCGUUUUUUGCGCAUUUGGCAUGCAAUGAGGGCGAUUGGGGUCCUCACCUUGUUGUCGUUCGAAGCUGUAACAUAUUAAAGUGGGAACUCGAACUGAAGCGUUGGUGCCCCGGGUUGAAAAUCCUUCUCUAUAUUGGCAGCCAGCGAGAACUUAGAGCAAAGAGACAGGAGUGGCUGGAACCCAACAACUUUAACAUUUGCAUCACCUCCUACAAGCAGCUUUUCAAAGGCCACCAGGCAUUCAUGAAAAUGCGGUGGAAAUACCUGGUUGUCGAUGAGAUGCAGCAGAUCAAAAACAUGACCGAGAAGCACUGGGAAGCCCUUCUCUGUCUCCGCAGUCAGCACCGCUUGCUCCUGAUAGAUACGCCUCUGCACAACACCUUGAUGGAAUUGUGGACCAUGGUACACUUCUUGAUCCCAGGGAUUUCCAAAGCUUACCUGGACUUCCCGGUAAAAGCAGCCAAUGAGGAGAAUCAGGAUUAUUGCCACAAGCUUGUCAUAAGGUUGCACAGAAUGAUCCAGCCGUUUAUUUUACGAAGGUCAAAAAGAGACGUCGAAAAGCAGUUGACGAAGAAAUACGAGCAUGUGCUGAAAUGUCGGCUUUCAAACCGACAAAAAGCCAUGUAUGAAGAUGUCAUAUUGCAGCCAGGAACUCAAGAUGCCCUUAAAAGUGGGCAUUUUGUCAGCGUCCUUCACGUCCUGAUGCAACUUCAAAAGAUCUGCAAUCAUCCUGACUUGAUCAAUCCCCGGCUUUCCAGCUCCUCCUUCGUUUCGGACACAUUGCAAUACAGAACCACCUCCCUGGUCUUAAAAGCGCUCGAACGUGACCUUUGGAAGGAUGCAGACUUGAGCCUUUUUGAUUUGAUCGGGAUCGAGGACAAAGUGACCCGGUACGAGUCGCAAGUGCUACCCAAACAAAAGGUCACCCGGAAGCUCAUAGAAGAAAUCUAUACCUCUCCUCCGCCUCCCCCAAGACCUAAUCCGGUAAAGCUGAAGCCACGCAGACUAUUCCAACCAGUUCAAUAUGGACAGAAGCCUGAAGGCAGGACUGCGGCGUUUCCAAGUGCUCAGCAAGUGCAACGAGCGGCAGCCACAGCAACGGUGGCUCAGCAGGGACAAAUGCGGGGAAGGUCGCCAGUAGCUACCGUGUCUGCAAAUCAAGCAGCCGUCGCCGCACCCCAGUUUCAGACCUCUCAGGCUUCCGUCAAUGCUCCGAGGCAGCAGGCAGCAGCGACCUUCGCCACGGCACCUAGCCCAGCCCAUCCUGCCAAACAGCGGGCUCAGACCACUGCGCAGGCCUUACAGCUAGGCCAGGCCCAACCACAAGCCCCCCCACACACCAUCCAACAGAAUGUGCUGCCUCAGAGGCUGGUAUUGACCUCUCAGGCCCAGGCACGGUUGCCUAGCGGCGAAGUGGUAAAAAUAGCCCAGCUGGCUUCCAUUGCAGGCUCACAGGGCAGGAUUGCGCAACCGGAGACUCCCGUAACACUGCAGUUCCAAGGGAACAAAUUCACUUUAUCUCACAGCCAGCUGCGUCAGCUCACGGCAGGACAACCUCUGCAGCUACAAGGCAGCGUUCUGCAAAUUGUUUCGGCUCCCGGCCAGCAAUAUGUCCGUCCUCAGGCUCCGGUUGUGAUGCAGACGGUGUCUCAAGCUGGCACCAUACAAAAUGCACUGAAUGCUUUGGGAAAUCAGCAUCAAGCCAGCUUGCCAACUUCAGCAAUGACCCCUCAAAGUAGAACAGUGGGUUCUAAUUUAUCAUCGGGGGACUGCGCUUCUGCUCUGAAAUCUGGCCUUAUCCAUGGAGGACAUUCACAGGAAUCAUUUGAAGAGAAGAACAGGCUUCUAAAGGAGCGCCUGGAUAGGAUAUUUUCUUGCAACGAGCGUCGCUGUUUCAGGACACCCAUCUAUGGCAAAGACCUCGUCGGAGUAUGUUCUGUAGUGACCGACAGAAAGAUGCUCCCUCAGUUCUCCACCGGAGUCAGCAAAUGGAGAUGGGCUGGCUCCACAAAUUGUUCUCUCUCUUUGAAUGCCUCUGUGGACUGCAACAAUCCACUGCGGGAAUUGAUGUGGACGUUGACACAGCAGCAGGAGUCCCUGACCGAUGCUGUUAAGAGAGGGCUCUCUGUGCUGCCAGCGGCUGUAGCUGCGCCUCCAUCUUUGCAUGCAGCAAAGCUUCCUGCCUUGUAUAGCCACAGAAUGAAACUCCUCAGGUGUCGUCUGAAAGAAGAGGCCUCCCCUUACGUGUGUCAGCUGCAGCGGAUCACUGCUCCGCAGUUGCUUCAGUUUCCUGACCUUCGAUUGGUGCAGUGUGACGCAGGGAAGUUGGAAGCUCUGGCCAUCUUGCUUCAGAAGCUGAAGUCGGAAGGGCGUCGGGUGCUGAUCUUGUCUCAGAUGAUUCUCAUGUUGGAUAUCCUGGAACUGUUCUUGAAUUUCCAUUUUCUCACCUACGUGAGGAUUGAUGAAUUCGCUAAUCAGGAAGAGCGCCAGGAACUGAUGAAGACGUUCAACAGAGACAAGCGCAUCUUCUGCGCCAUCCUGUCCUCCCACAGCCGUUCCACGGGAGUCAACCUGGUUGAGGCUGACACCGUUGUGUUCUAUGAUAACGAUCUAAAUCCAGUGAUGGACGCUAAGGCUCAGGAAUGGUGCGAUCGAAUCGGCAGGUGCAAGGACAUCCAUAUCUACAGGCUUGUCAGCGGGAACUCAGUAGAAGAGAAGCUUUUGAAGAAUGGCACAAAAGAUUUGAUCCGGGAAGUUGCGGCUCAGGGAAAUGACUACUCGAUGGCCUUUUUAACACAGCAAACAAUUCAGGAACUUUUUGAGGUCCAUUCUCCAAUGGAAGAUUCUGGCUUCCGAGUGAAAGCGGAAGAGUUUGUGGUGCUUUCGCAGGAGCCCUCCCCGGCAGAAACGAUCUCUCCCAAAGUCGCAAGGCCUUUCAUAGAGGCUCUCAAAAGUACAGAGCGAGAAGAGGAAGAGGAGCCCCACAGCUGUGUUCAGUACACGGAGACUGAAUUGGCUUUAGAACCUCUCAUUUCGGAGCUCAGCAGGUCCCGCUAUAUUUAUGAGCCCUCUCAACUGCAGGAGUUGGUUACUGUUGUGGAUCAGCUCACCCCCAUUGAAAAGUAUGCCUUGAAUUAUCUGGAGCUCUUCCAUAUUUCCACGGAUGAAAGUGAAACGAAAGAGAAUCAGUUGGAAGUGAAAACUGCAAAAAAGGUGUGGGAGAGCCAUCAUCUGAGGGAACGGAAAGAACAAGAGGAGCGGAUGCUUUUGGAUGGGGAGGAAGAGGAGCUUCUCACAUACACCCGGGAGGAUGCCUACAGCAAGGAAUAUGUCUAUGAAGGCCCAGAUGGACAGACGGAAAUAAUGCCACUUUGGACUCCCCCCACCCCACCUCAAGAUGACAAUGACAUUUACAUCGACUCGGUCAUGUGUCUGAUGUAUGAGACCACCCCGAUCCCAGAAUCCAAACUGCCUCCUGUGUACGUCCGGAAGGAGCGCAAACGCCACAAAACGGAUCCAUCUGCUGCAGGGAGGAAGAAGAAGCAGCGCCACGGAGAGACGGUCAUUCCUCCCCGGUCCCUUUUUGACCGAGCAACUCCAGGGAUGCUGAAGAUGCGGCGGGAGGGGAAAGAGCAAAAGAAAAACAUCCUUCUGAAACAGCAGACGCAGUUUGCCAAGCCGUUGCCCACUCUUGUGAAGCCGGCAGCAGAGGCUGGCCAAGACAACCCCGAAUGGCUCAUCAGUGAAGACUGGGCUCUGCUCCAGGCAGUCAAACAGUUGCUGGAGCUCCCGCUCAACCUCGCUAUCGUGUCCCCAGCUCACACACCCAACUGGGACCUUGUCUGUGAUGUGGUGAACUCUUGCAGCCGCGUGUAUCGCUCCCCGAAACAGUGCCGCAGCCGCUACGAAAACGUCGUCAUUCCACGAGAAGAAGGGAAGCUUAUGUAUGAAGCGAAUCCUAAGAAGAAGACAAAAAGCAUAUAUAAGACAUUUAAUGAAUUAAUCCCUGCAACGCCCCAUCAGACAAAGAACAGCCGCCCACUUCGAACCAGUCAGCUGUAUGCCCAAGACGAGGGUGCAACGCACACCCAGCUUUAUACUAAUCAUUUUGAGAUCAUGAAAAUGAUUGCGGGGAAGCGAAGUCCCCCUAUCAAACCAUUGCUUGGUAUGAAUCCCUUUCAGAAGAAUCCAAAGCACACAUCUGUGCUAGCAGAGAGUGGAAUCAACUAUGAUAAGCCUCUGCCUCCCAUUCAAGUUGCGUCUCUCCGAGCAGAGCGUAUAGCCAAGGAGAAAAAGGCUCUGGCUGAGCAGCAAAGAGCCCAGCAGCAGGCGGGUCCGCAGCAGCAGCAGCAGCAACAGCAAGCCGGCCAACAGCAGGCUCAGCAAGCAGCAGUCCCGCAAGCCCAGCCGCAGCCCCAGGCUCAAGCCCAAGUGGUCCAGCAGCCCCAGGCCGUGGUGCAGACGUCCGCUACCACUGUGGCAAACACCGCAGUGCUGGCUGGCACAAUGAAAACAUCAGUCACUGGAACAAGCAUACAGACAGCUACUGUGAGUGGGAAUGUUAUUGUGAACACUGUGCCUGGAGCCCCUGCAGCGACCUUUCAGCCGAUCAACAAAAGGCUGGCAUCACCCGUGAUACCCGGGACUCUGGCAGCUUCUGGUGGUACUGCCGCAGCCCAGGUAGUACACACUCAACAACGAACAGCUGCAACACCUACUGCCUCUGCGGAGCUGGUGACCAUAGCGUCUACUCCAGGGGUCCGAGCUGUCACCUCUGUGACAGCAUCGGCUGUGGUGACUACCAACCUCACCCCGGUUCAGACUCAACCAAGAUCCUUAGUCACUCAGGUCACACCAGCAGCUUCAGCAGGCGUUCAGCUUUCGGGGAAAACCAUCUCUCCAGCUCACUUCCAGCUCCUGCGGCAGCAACAGCAAGCAGCAGCAGCGCAAGUCCAGGUCCCCCAGAUUCAGGCCCAGGCUCAGGCCCAGCCACCAGCCCAGAUAAAGACUGUGGGGAAGCUGUCGCAGGAGCAGCUGAUCAAGUUGCAGAAGCAGAAGCUGCAGCUACCCCAGCAGCAAGCUGCCCAGCAGCAGGCGCAGGCGGGAGCCCCGCAGCAGAGCUCACAAGUCCAAGUGCAGCAGCAGCAGCCCCAGCAGCUCACAGCGGUCGCAGCGCCAAGGUCCGGGGCGGUCCUGACGGGCACCACCGUCACCAACCUGCAGGUUGCUCGCCUGACUCGUGUUGCUGCUUCCCAGCUUCAAGCACAAGGUCAGAUCCAGGCCCAGACGCCACAAGCGGCCCAGGUGGCUUUGGCGAAACCUCCAGUCGUGUCUGUGCCGGCAGCCGUGGUAUCAUCUGCUGGAGUCACCACACUCCCCGUUACCGUCGCUGGAAUUAGUGUUGCUAUUGGGCAGCCGCAGAAGGCAGCAGGAGGGCAGACGGUGGUGGCCCAGCCCUUGCAUGUCCAGCAGCUUUUGAAGCUCAAGCAACAUCACCAAGCAGCCCAGCAGCAGAAAGCCAUCCAGCCCCAGGUCGCCCAAGGACAGGCUGCUGUUCAGCAAAAGAUAAAUCCACAGCAAGUCACUGUCCAAGCUCAACAGCCGUCGUCGCAGCAGCAGAAAGUCACCUAUGCCACGCAGCCAGCCAUCAAAACACAGUUCCUAACUACCCCCAUUUCUCAAGCCCAGAAACCUGGUGGAACCCAGCAAGUCCAGACCCAGAUACAGGUUGCAAAGAUUCCUCAAGUGGUCUCACAGCAGGCGGCAGUGGCCAAUAUUCAGCAAAUGGUGUCCGUUUCCCAGCAGGUUCAAGGUCAGCCACAGACGGUGACUUUGUCCCAGACGACAGCUGGACAGCAGCAAGUCCAAGUGAUCCCGGCCACCCCUGCCACUGCUCAAGUCGUCCAGCAGAAACUGAUUCAGCAGCAGGUGGUCACGACAGCGUCGCCCCAGAUUCAGGGUCCGGGGGUACCGAACCCAACCCAGGCAUCGGCACCUGCCGACAGCCAGACGCAGCAAGCGAAAGUGCAAAUGAGGGCCCCGGUCAGAUUAAAAGCACCCAGCAAGCCCAGUUGAGCAUAAAGCGUGACCGGUGGGGAGCAGGGAAACGCAGCUUUUUGUGCUCUCCCCAAGUGCCAGGCAAGUUUCUCGCAAGAACCGUUUCUUCCACGAGGCUGCGAGCCCUCUCCAUUGUGCAGGGAGAUAAUGGAUGGCGGCUGUGGAGAACAUCUUUCCAAGCUAGAAUAUGUGUUGGGAUUAAAUCCUCGCUUCCACAUUGUUCCAGAAGAACUUUGUCCUAUUUUUCUCUGCUUGUUCAAACCAUAUAUAGUGUAAAUAUUUAAAAAUUCGUCCUCUGCCUGUUUCCAGAAAAAUGUAACAAUGAGAUUGUUUUUGAGUUUCUGUAGAAUUUUGUCUGCCUAUUCUAGACAAUUGUCAUCACUGCCAGAGUGACUUGCCUGUCUCGAGUGAGAAGGCAGCAGGCCCCAGAUUGCAGCUGGCCGAACCGUCCCCUCCAUCGGAAGUUGCAUUCUAGCAAGCCCUUUGUUUAAUGAGGAGGGGGCAAAACUGGACAAAGCGAAAGCUCUCCCUGCAUACUUUUUGCCAAUAAAUGUGAAGAUUUGUAAAUAUCUGUAAUUAUGAACCAUAUUCCAGGCUCCAUUUUUGGUAAGUCUUUUUAACUAAACAUUUGCUAGUUUGAAUUUUGUUCUGUUGGAGUUUUUGUUUGUUUGUUUGAUGUACAGUUUUUGAAGCCCCUGUCCUUAGGCCCUCAUUUUCCAUUUUUUACAUAAUGAAUAUUGUAGGCAUGUGGGUUUUUGGAGAGACAAAAAAUAUACUGUGUGAUAGUAGCUGUGUGUUGAAUUGUAACCCCAUCCUUCCCACUCGCCCCCCCCACCCCCAUAAUUUGUAAAAGGAAAUGUUUGAUUGAUAUUGCUAAGCAAAUGGUUUUUGUCGUCCUUGUUUCUCUCGGGCCAUCCAGACUUUGGCAGGGAGGGAGGGGAUGUGGAUUUCAGAUCUUUUUAAAAACAUUCGUUACCAUUUCUGCUCUGGAGGAAGAAAUGCAAAAUUCCAAGUCUAUUCGAUUCUUCAGUUGAAUAAAGAAUAAGAUUUUAAUGUUUACUGUUCCUUUCCUGAAGGUUUCAGUUGGGUAUUCGAGUUCCUAAUUCUGCAGAGCGUUCCACUUUGCUGUUCUGAGUUCCUGAGCAGGGAAGAAUCCGUUUGGGAUAGCAGCAGCUUCUCCCCCCCCCCCCCACUUUCUUCGUACUGUACAGAUUUGCUUAAAAAGCUAAACAUCUUUCUUAGCCCACGAAUCGGACAUUGCUCUGGGCCCUGAAUUAGUUUUGGCUGCCACACUGCUCAGCGGGCCAUUAGGACAAAAAGGUAGGGGUGUUUUUUUUAAAAACAAGUGGCUUAUUUGAGGAGUGGGGGGAAUGGCUUUUUAAUUCUCCCCUCCCUCCCCCCAGAGAUGUAGCAAAAGAGUCUUGCGAGAAUACAGAGACGUCUAAGGCCAUGAUCCAAAAGAGGAGAGCAUGUGCAUACCGUGGAACUUCUGAGCACAGCUGGAGACGUGGUUAGCCACUCCUGCUACAGAUGGGAAGGGCGAAGGCUUUAGAUUUUAAAAUGAGACUGGACCGUUUCCAGGCUUCUCUCCUGGUGCUGACUGCAGGAAAGGUCCAAAGCUCACGGUUCCCUAGGUGGCCCACACUCGUAUCCUGCACAUCAUGGUACUAGUCAGAUUGGUUUUGGUAUAGAGGCACAAUCAGUGGCCCGCCUCCUAGGUAUCUGAGUUAGCUCAGAACCUGACCUCUCUGCAGAGUUCCUGCCCUUAAUUCACUGACAUGUUUUCCUCCUGCAGUGUCAUUCUUUUCUUGGAGGAUCAUUUUUAGAUAUAUGUGUGUGUGUGUGUGUGUGUGUGUGAGAGAGAAACUAUUUGUAUGUUAGAUCCUCCCUCCCAACGCUGUUUUUGAACCCGUCCCCAAACAGUAUCGGUUUGUAUUUUGGAGAACUUCUAGUAUGUGGAGUAGUUAAAUUGCACAGUCCAGACAACUUCAGACAUGGGGCAGAAAACUGCCUGGGGCAGUUCCUGCGUCAGUUACGUGAAAUGAAGGGGGGCUUUGCACAGAAGCAGGUUUGAGAUUUAACAGCUGCUUGUGUUUUGUUUCAGUUGGGACUUGCAUAGGAUGCCGUUCUUGAUAAGAUUUCACCCAUUUCUGUAUGCUAUACUGACAUUCAUCUGUUUGUUUUAAUGUGUUAGGUAGCCCUGGUUUUACUUCUCAUAUUGUUUUCUCUUGUUUAAAAAAAUUCCUGCGUGACUGCAAUGUAGUGUGCAAAACAGAGGUACAGCCCUCCCCUUCUGCCCCCCCCCAAACCAUUUAACCGUGUCAAGUGUUCUGGUUUUGAUUAUGUCAACAGAGGCAAUUCCUGCUUCCACAUACAGUGAAAGUGAUGACUUCUCCUGCCCCCUUUCUUCCUCCCUCCACCUCCAGAGUGUGAUAGGGUUUUGUAAAUAUCUUUAUGAACAUAACACAUUUGUACUUGACCAGUAGGAUUGUAAGAACUUGUGCUGUAUCCUACCUGAAGGUGUAAUAAAGUGUACAUUUUUAUAA